GGAAACAUUGGACUUUGAUCUGCUGGUCCUCUCUGUUUCCCUUCUUAUUUCUCUCACCUCUCUUCCUCUCAAUUUCCUGUCUUAAUACAUCUCUCUCUCACUUCUUCAUGUAUGGAGUGAAAGAGCCUACUAAUUGUGAAGAAAAAGGUAGUGUAUUCAUGUCAGUGUUGGACAGCAGUGUGUGAGAGCUGACCAAUGCCCUGACACAACCAAUGAGUUGUUAUUUUCUCAGGCGCCAACAUCUCUUCUUCACACUCAAAAGUAGCAUCAAUUAUCUCAUUUUUGACAUCCUGUCUAAAUCCAUCACACAGGAGACAUGAAGCCAGCCUGGUUGUUCAUAUAAUGAAGAAGUGAAACUGUGACGUGACUCUCCCUCUGUCCUCUGUCGGAACCUAUGAUCAGGGUGAAAAUGACACUUCUUCUUUUGCUUGUCACAAACUGGUAGAGGUCUUCUGAGUGGCAGGAACAGCUCUCUCUCAUACUUUCCUUGCGUUAGUUUUGUUUGUGCUGUAAAACAUUGCCAGGUGUUGGAAAUUCAGCUCUGAUUAGAAAAUAUUGUUGAAGAACUGAAGUUAAUUUUAAUAAACUGAGACCCUGCGUUGUGAAGAGACAUGGAGGCAAUUUUAGGACUGUUGGUGAUCUCAGCAGGAGUGUCUCAUGGCUUGGAGACUUCCUGUGAUGCUAGAGAAGAUGGAUCUCAGUGUUAUGGAGCUCUAGGAGGAACUGUCUAUCUCCAGCUGGUGACUGAUACCACGAUAUAUGAUGAACUCUCAUUUUAUAAAGGCUCAACUGGUGCUAAAACAAAGAUACUCAAAACGAAGAAGGAUAAACUGGUAAUAAGCGACACCCCCAUUAGAGACAGAGUACACUUCUUUAUAAACAAUGGGACAUUGAGGAUAAAUAACACAAGAAGGAAUGAUUCUGGUGAAUACCUGCUAGAAACAUUUAAUUUAUCAGGGGUAGCACUAAGGACCAGAGGAUUACAACUGUUCAUCGAAGCUCCAGUGUCCAGUCCUCAGCUGUCCUCUGAGUGUCUGUCCCAUGGAGAGAGGAGGGUGUCCUGCUCCUCUGAGGGGGAUGGUCCCCAGUACAGUUGGACUCUGGAUGGACAGACGCUGAGAGACACUGAGACCUCUCCUGAUAACGAGACAAACACCAUCACUCUGAAGAAAGGCCUGUCAGCAAAUCUCACCUGUACCGUCAGAAACAACAUCAGCAGUGAUACUGUCAGCAGGAGAAUCUCACACUGUCCAGGGCUGAUAUAUGUUAACUGCACCUCAUCCAACGGGACAAAGGUAUCAGAGUGGGUGAAUGCCACUGGUAAUACCCUGUGUGUUGAGUCUACAACAGUGGUGACUGUGACUGUGGCCCCCACCAGUAAAACCUCCACCGGUAAGGGCCCGGGGCAUGACACCCUAAUGACCUCCAGACCCAGCAAUCACACCCAGGGCUUGACUAACAACACUCGUACUAACACCACUCAGACCUUUUGGAUUUUUACCUCAAAGUACAUAGGAAUGGCAGCAGGGUCUCUGGCAGGAGUGGUCCUUGUCUUAGUGAUGGUGUUGGCAGUUUACUGUGUCCAGAAGAAAAAUAAACCUCCUUCAAAGACUCCAGUUAUCUCUCUUUCCACAGUUAAGGGUGACAGCCAGGAUGUGGAAUACGCUGAUGUCAGGAUACUGAGGCAGGAAAUGAGACAGAAGGAGAGGGAGGCGCCGGUGGAGGUGGAAUAUGGACAAGUGAAAGUAGCGGGUGGUCCACAGCAGCAGUUGGAGGUGGAAUAUGGACAGAUUACAAUAUUAGAGGGUACCAGGAGGAAGGUAGACAUGCCUGAGGAGGAGUAUUGUAUGUACGCCAGUGUACGGAAAGGACAGUGAGCAAGGUAGUGUCUAGAUAGAAUAUGAUAGAAUAGAAGGAGUCUGAGAGUUGAACCCCUGGUGCGUCGCCCAAAUCUCUCCAUUCUCUUGAAGUGUGCACUUGUUCACUUGUAGUCAUGGAUUGAAAUAUAUGUGGAGAGUAGUGAACAAGUGCACACUUCAGGAGAAAGGAGAGAUUAUUUGGUAUUAACCCCUGAGAGGCCCAGAGUUGACACAGACGACAGACAUGUUGAAUCAUGUUGUCUUAGUUACAGUUACAGCUGUGUUUUGCAUGUUGAUGCGUGUUAGUACAUAGUGUCUGUUUCCAAGAAGUGGAGACAAUACUUCUGUUUUUCUUGCCCACGUUUCUUUCUUUCCAAAACUGUUUAACCACUAGGUUGUGUUGCGGUCACUUCUUCCUUUCAGAUGGGUGAUAUGUCACACAAUAUUUACUGUUUUUGCUGCGUGAUUCCAUCUUUCUUGAAUUAUUCUCUAACAUUCAAUACUGUUUAAAGAAUUACUGAGGGAUUUGUAAUAAUUGCAUAACAGUAAUUCAUCAGAUGUCAUGUGCUACUUACUUACUCAUUUCCAAUGCCUUAAGUCAGUUUUUUAAUGCAGUCCAUCUCCCUAAAUGGAUACAUCUACAGUAUAUAUAUGAUGUGCAGGUACUGUGUGCUGUAUAAAGGUAUAAUGAACUAUCUUAGAUAUGAUCAGAAAUGUAUGUACAUGCAGUACAUGGCAAUAUCUUUUCACACCAUCAACAUAUUUGUUUCCACAUCUUUGGUUUCGCAGUUUAUAAAGUUGCUAAUGCAUUUCCUGUUUGAGUCACAUGAUUUCCAGUCGAGAAUGCCCUGAGCCAGAGGUAAUCAACAGACUGGCUGAAAAUAUUAUACUGUGGCUUUUUUUGAGACAUCACCAUACUUGGUUAUCUCCCCAGAUGUACUCUAACUAAAGAAGUAUACUGUAUAUGAAAAUAAGAAUAGAGCACAUUGGAAAGAGGACGUUGAGAAAUAAGGGUACUGAUGUUUCCAACAGUGUUGACAACAUAAUGUGUAAUAUUAUGGAAUAUGCAGAGGAAUAGUUUCUCAUGCUUCAUUGUUGAUGCCGUUGUGUGAUGAAAAAAUUGCAAUUUGAUAAUAAAAGCUUGUUUUUAAAAAGCAA